GGACAUUUGGAGUCAUAUUCAGAAAGCUGCGCAUACUCGCAGCAUGUCUUAUCCGAAAAGGACGAUCCUUGGCUGAUUGACGUUUUCGGGCGUACAGCGCUUCAUUACGCAGCGAUGAAUAAUCGAGUGCAAAUUCUGCCCAGGCUUUUCGAACUCGGCUUAAAAUUGGAUUCUCAGGACUACAAGGGAGCCACUCCAUUGUAUCUUGCCGCUCGGGAAGGUCGUUUAGAUGCAGUUAAUUUGCUGCUCUCGCUUGGCGCAAAUAUGAACAUUACGGAUCAGGUUGGACAAACGCCAACUGACGUUGCAGCUGAGAACGAGCAUUACAGCGUAGUGAGAAUUCUGGAAAAAACAGCUGCCAUUGAAUCAUCAAAGAGAAAACGAAGAGAUUACAAGCAGCUGAGAUCAGGGAGCUACUCCAUUGUAUCUUGCCGCUCGGGAAGGUCGUUUGGAUGCAGUCAGUUUGCUGCUCUCGCUUGGCGCAAAUAUGAACAUUACGGAUCAGCAUCAAAGGACGAAGUGGGAGGAGAAUCGCAAACGUUGUUUGCACCUUCUUGGGAUGAAACUUCAAAGGAAUCCUCGAGCGUUACAAUACAAAUCAACGACGAUUUGGAAAGUGCUAGUGAGGUUGACGAGAAUGCGGCGGCAUUCCUACAGCAAUCUAUGAACUCAAUCUCUUCAUUUGUGCUCACUCCACCCGAACAGAUACUUGAGGAAGCGGAGCAAGAAUUGCCUCUGGACAACAACACCCGCUCGGGCACGCCGAAGUGCACUGAACAUUCAUCGGAUUCGUGCCCGACACUUCAGUUUUCCAGGAAUACCGCGCUUUCCAUGGAACCACUUCGAGUGUGA